CAUCUAGAUUUUGUUGCUGUAUCUGGGAGAAAGACUGCAGCUUCACCAUGAAGCAGUGUGUGGUAUUGAUGAUGGCCUUCCUGUGCGUCCAUGGGGCCCCUGUGGACGUCUUGGCCCCAGGAUCCUGCCAAGAUGCGGUAGCUAGCGGUGCUGCUGCUGAAGCUAUGAACAAAAUCAAUCUGGACCGCACAGAGGGCUACGUUUUCAGCCUUGAUCGUCUCACCAAUGUCCAUCAGAUGAAGCAUGGUGAGACAGGAAUUGUCUUCUAUCUCACAUUUGAUGUUUUGGAGACCAAGUGUCAUGCCAUCAGCAAGAAAAACUGGAGAAAUUGUGAAAUCCGAAACCCUGAACAGUACCCAGUCUAUGGACAGUGCAAGGCCGUUAUGUACAUGAACAGAGUUCACAGAGUGACCCGCCUGUACAAGUAUAGCUGUACCGUGAGACCAGUGCCUGCCUCCAAAAUCAGAGAACGGUGCCCAGAUUGCCCUGUGCAGCUCCCCGAGGAUCAUGAAGCAGCCUUGAGGACAGCGAAGAUGGGCAUGGAGAAAUACAAUAACGAGAGUGCAUUGGCAAACUACUUUGUUCCUCUAAACAUUACAAGAGCUUUCUCUCAGCUUCACUUUGGAAGAUUCUACAGUGUGGAGUUCACCAUCCAAGAGACGGUCUGCUCUUCCAAAACCAAUAGUGCUGAUGUCUCUAAAUGUGAGGUCAUGGCAUGCGAGUUUGCGCACAAAGGAUUCUGCAAAGCCUCUCACACUGUCACAGCCACCGGAGAGGAGCACCUCAGUGUUCAGUGCGAAAUCUUUGAACCAGAGGCUGCUGAAGAAGAGAAGAAAAAACAUUUGAUUGGAGGUGAACUGGAUCAUAGCCAUAGCAGCACAACUGGCUCGGCUACUGGACACGACCAUGACCAUGACCACACCAAACCGCUCGCACAUAAACAUGACCAUGAACACACCUCAGGCCACCACCACACACACGAACAUGGCAAGGGUCAUGGACACACCCACUCUCACGAUCAUGACCAUGCACACGCCCAUCAUGCCAAAGCCCAUGAGCACGGUCAGGACGAGUGGGAGCACCAUCACCACCAGUAUGGUCACAAAAAUGGUGAGACCCAUGAACACGACCAUGAGCUGGUCCUGGACCACGAGCACAAACACAGACAUCUCCAUGAGCACGAGCACCACCACCACGAUCAUGAGAAUCAAACUACAGUUAAGCGUCCUGUUGGCAUGGUCAAUGUCCUUCCUCCCAUGGAUAAGCCCAUGACCCUUCCAUCCUUCCCUGACAAGCCCGCUGCAGGACCAGAGCAGCCCUCCACCCUCCCGUUCCACCCUGACCCCCAGAUACCAGGACAAAGGGAACCCACCAUCCAUCCCUUCCCUGACACCAUGUCCCCUGAGUGUCCUGCGCAGUCUAACAUCCAAAACGGACUCCUCAAGCAGGUCAUCAGUGAGGAUCCGCUCUUUAACCCCACUGUGUAGAGUCCUUUGAAUAAUUAAUAUAGAGUGUAAUAAA